UAAAUGUAUAUAUAGGCAAAUCUGGCACUGGGUCUAGAUAUUGUCAACGAGAUUGUUAUUCAUUAUCCCUCGUUAAAUAGGGAUACAGUUGUUUACAAUUGUCAAAUCCUAUAUAAUUAUCAAUAGCCGUACCAAUAAAUAUUCCUUUAUUUGGGAAAAAAAAAAAAAAAGUUUAACCAAAUUUAUCACCCCCGACUAUGGAGCCAGACGACGGUCGUGGUGGUGCCGUUGGGGUUCAGAUCAAACAGAAUCGAAGGUUACCGGAUUUCUUACAAAGUGUGAAUCUAAAGUAUGUGAAAUUAGGUUAUCAUUAUCUUAUAUCAAAUUUGUUAGCACUAUGUAUUAUACCUUUGAUUAUAGUGAUUUCCAUCGAAGUUUCUCAAAUGAAUAUGGAUGAUUUGCGUCAGUUAUGGAUCCACCUACAGUUCAAUUUGGUAAGCAUAAUUAUUUGUUCUGCAAUUCUUGUUUUUGGAUUAACGGUUUAUAUUAUGAAGAGUCCUAGACCUGUUUAUUUGGUUGAUUUUUCGUGCUACCGUGGUCCUGAUGAUCUAAAAGCUCCUUCUGAGAAAUUUAUGAAGCACUCCCAAUUAACUGGAGAUUUUGAUGAGUCAUCACUCGAGUUCCAACGCAAAAUUCUUGAGCGUUCGGGGCUUGGAGAGGAAACUUACGUGCCUGAAGCUAUGCAUAAUAUCCCUCCUAAACCAACCAUAGCAGCAGCUAGACAAGAAGCUGAACAGGUCAUGUAUGGUGCAUUAGAUAAUCUUUUUAAUAACACCCAUGUUAAUCCAAAAGAUAUUGGGAUUCUUGUUGUCAAUUGUAGUUUGUUUAAUCCUACACCUUCUUUGUCUGCUAUGAUAGUGAACAAAUACAGAUUGAGGGGUAAUAUUAAGAGUUUCAAUUUAGGUGGCAUGGGUUGUAGUGCUGGGGUGAUUGCUGUGGAUUUUGCUAAAGAUUUGUUGCAAUUGAAUAGAAAUACUUAUGCUGUGGUUGUGAGCACCGAAAAUAUUACUCAGAAUUGGUAUUUUGGGAAUAAGAAGUCUAUGUUAAUACCCAAUUGCUUGUUUCGAGUUGGUGGUGCUGCAGUUUUGCUUUCUAAUAAGGCUAACGAUAGGAAGCGAGCAAAGUAUAAACUUGUUCAUGUUGUGAGGACACAUAAAGGGGCAGAUGAUAAGGCGUUUCGUUGCGUUUAUCAGGAACAGGAUGAUCAAGGGAAGAUAGGGGUUUCAUUAUCAAAAGAAUUGAUGGCAAUUGCUGGUGGAGCACUUAAAACCAACAUCACCACAUUGGGUCCUCUUGUUCUACCAAUUAGUGAGCAGCUUCUGUUUUUUUCAACGCUUCUGAUUAAGAAGUUUUUCAAAGCCGAUGUUAAGCCUUAUAUCCCUGAUUUUAAGCUGGCAUUUGAUCAUUUCUGCAUACACGCGGGUGGGAGGGCUGUAAUUGACGAGCUAGAAAAAAAUAUGCAGCUAUUACCAGUGCAUGUGGAGGCUUCUCGGAUGACUCUACAUCGUUUUGGGAAUACCUCAUCCAGCUCUAUCUGGUAUGAGUUGGCAUACAUUGAAGCCAAGGGGAGAAUGCGAAAGGGCAACCGGGUCUGGCAGAUUGCCUUUGGAAGUGGUUUCAAAUGUAACAGUGCUGUCUGGCAGGCUAUGCGCAAUGUGAAGCCAUCCCGCAAUGGACCCUGGGAAGAUUGCAUUCAUAUUUAUCCUGUGAAAUUAAUAAGCUAGUCAAUUUAGGGAGGGUAUUUUUUCAGCAGAAGCAUCUCUAUCUGUAUCUUGCAUUGUAGGAUUGUUUAUAUUGUACUUUAUUGGAUCUUUUUUAUCUGAUCAUGGUUGUCAAAUUUUGGUUUCUUCUGACUUUCCU